AUGUCGUGUCGGUAUUUGAUCGGGCAUCCACAAGGUCCAAUUACAGUACUGAAGCGAGUAUCAACAAGCGUUCUCCAUCAGGAUAAAGAGGGAAUCAAUGGUUCUGUUGGAACUCUCUGUGGCACAGCAUCGAUGGAGAGAAUAGUUGUGGCUGCUUCAUGGGUUGAUAACUCGAAAUCGGGAGUGCGAGUUUGGUGGUUGGAUCGAGUAAACAACAGCCUGUCUCCUAGUCAUUUUUUCGAGAUUGAUGACUUAGGUACAGUAUUUGCGAUUGCCGCAGACAUGCAGAUGCUGUCAAAUGGAAUGGUUCUUCUUGCUGUGGGCACUACAAAAAGAUCCAUUGAUCUUUAUUGUGAGACUGCAUGCUCUAAGGCGGUGAAACGGGCUCUUUCUAUCACUGCACAUGAGGACUGGGUGCACUCCAUUGCUUUCAAUCAGUCUUAUCCAGUCCUACUGGCCACAGCGGGUCAGGACUCUUACGUAAAGUUGUGGCGUAUUGAAAAUGAAACUGAGAAAACGGACGUUGAUGAAUUGAAUGUAACUAAAAACAGCUUCAAAAUUGCUGGUGCCGAUGGCGAACUCUCGCUAUCAAUAAGCAGUGAAGCUGUUCUGGCUGGGCACGAUGAUUGGGUCCAUUCGACGUCAUGGGAUAGUGCUGGACAACUUCUACUCACUUCCUCUAGUGAUAAGACUAUUAUUAUUUGGAGGGAGACUUCUGAUGGAAAGCUUUGGAGCGAUGCGGUGCGACUGGGAAUCGUAGGAGGACAAGCUGCUGGUUUCUUUGGCGCUGCGUUUUCUCCUGAUGCUCGUCAAAUUGUGGCCUCCUCGUACUUUGGAGGACUUUACGCAUGGGUUGCAAAUGAGGAAGCUGACGUCUGGGACGCAGCUGCAGUGUGCAGUGGCCAUGUCGGUGCAGUGCGUGACGUUGCAUGGCAUCCUUCUGGGAAAAUGUUUAUUUCCGUUGGUGAAGAUAAGACUACUAGGGUUUAUAUCCCACAGAAGGAACAGAAAGGCUUCAUAGAAGUGGCUCGACCUCAAGUUCACGGUCACAGUAUGCAGUGCAUUGCAGUUGUUUCCAGUUCCGUCAUUGUGACUGGCGCGGAGGAGAAGAUAUUCCGUGCCUUUCAAGCUUCGAAAGCUUUUGCGAAAAGUGUAUAUAACAUUACUGGUUCUGAAAUAACAGAGAUUUUUGGCGACUGCACUUUUCCAUCUUAUGGUGCAAGAGUCCCUGCUUUGGGUCUAUCUAACAAAGCAAUUGAAGAUUUCGAAAUAUCUCAGUUUGAGGGCGAUGGUGAUGCUCAUUGGGAAGAGGCGGCUUUCCAGGCGGCGCCUGUUGAACUCAACUCCCCUCCCACAGAGGACUGCUUGCAGCAGAACACACUGUGGCCAGAAAUUCAAAAAUUAUAUGGUCAUGGCUACGAAGUGUACGCAAUUGCAGUCAACCCCGCUGGCACUGUACUCGCCACAUCUUGCAAGGCUAGUCAAGCCGACGAUGCCGGUGAUUGCAUUGUGGGACACAUUGGACUGGAGCAAGAAGUCGGAAGGCACCAAUUGACGGUUACCCAACUCGAGUGGUGUCCAGCUGGUACGCGCUUGCUGAGUGUUAGCAGAGACCGUAAAGCCAUUCUUUACCGUGAACAAAAUGGAGAUUUUAACGGGUUUUGCUACGAGAAAUUGUGGUCUUCCAGUAAGGAGCACUCAAGGAUUAUAUGGUCCUGUUGCUGGUUCGAGGAUUCGCAGCACUUCGUAACUGCAUCACGAGAUAUGCAGGUAAUCAUAUGGAAAUGCAACGACGAAAAUACAGCACCAGUUUGCUCGUUCAAAUGUUUGCAAGCAGUCACAAGCGUUGCUGUGUGUUGCGGGAGUGAAUUGAGAGACGCGGUAAUUGCUGCUGGCCUUCAAGAUGGCUCAGUAGUGCUACUGGAUCUACAAGGAAAUCAACUCCGACCCAUUUCGCACUACUUCAUUCCAUCUCUGCCUGUGGAUAGCCCCAUAACGCGGUUGAGAGUGAAUCCGAGAGAUAGGUAUGAGGUAGCUGUCGCUGGGAGUGAUGGGAAGUUACGAGUGCUACGAUUGAGCAUUAGCAGUGCUUGA